UUUGAGAGCAGUGGUGAGCGUUACCUGCACACAGAAAUGCGAGGGCCAUCACUUCUUCCAGGACUCUGCUUUCUGCUGAGCCUUUCAGGAGUCGUGGCUCAGAAAACCAAAGGGACCUGUACCCAUUGCCCCCAAAAUGCUUUCUGUGUCAAUGCUACUCACUGUACCUGCAACCAUGGAUACAAUUCUGAAUCCAGGGAGAAAUACUUCACCUACCGCUUCGAGACAUGUGAAGAUAUUGAUGAAUGUAAACCACCCAUUAGCAUAUAUUGUGGAGUGAAUGCUGAGUGUCAGAACACCAUUGGAAGUUUCUACUGUCACUGUAUUGCUGGAUAUAAACUCCUCUCUGGGAAAGCACAAUUCAGCAAUUCCAAUGAGAACACUUGUCAAAAAAUCACUCCCUCAAAGACAACCAACAGCACAAAAGAGAUGCAACAGAUUAUUGAGAAUAUCGAGUCUCUUCUCACCAAUAAGACUGCAUUGGAAGAUAAGAGAAACACCACAUCCACGGUCACAGCCAUUCUCCAGAGAGUGGAAUUAAAAGUUCUAGAAACUGCCUUGAAAACACCAGACCAGGAAAUCCAGAAAGUCCAAAAGAGCACUGUGGCUGUUGAAACUCGAGUUGUUACAGACAACUGCUCCGAGGGAGUCACCUUCAGCUUGAAUGCCCAAGUGAACUCCAUGAAAAUCCAUUGCAAUGAUGUCAUCCAGGGAAACAUACAAGGUGCUAGUGCAGUUGCCUUUAUUUCAUACUCUUCUCUUGGAAACAUCAUAAAUGCAACCUUUUUUGAAGAGAUGAAUGAGAAAGAUCAAGUUUACCUGAAGUCACAGGUAGUGAGUGCUGCUAUUGGACCCAAAAAGAACACAUCUCUCUCCCAGCCUGUGAUUCUAAGUUUUCAGCACAUGAAGGUGAAGCCCGGGGUCGAGAACUUCUGCGUCUACUGGAAAGGCACAAAGGAGGGCGGCCGCUGGUCCAAGGAUGGCUGUGCUCUGACACAAGUGAACGAGACUCACACGAUAUGCAGCUCCACUCACUUGUCCAGUUUCGCUGUUCUCAUGGCCUUGCGUGGCCAGGAGGAGGAUCCCGCACUGACUAUGAUCACCUACGUGGGGCUGAGCCUCUCUCUGCUGUGCCUCCUCCUGGCGGCCCUCACCUUCCUGCUGUGCAAAGCCAUCCAGAACACCAGCACCUCGCUCCACCUGCAGCUCUCACUCUGCCUCUUCCUGGCCCACCUGCUCUUCCUGACAGCCAUCGACAGAACUGAGAACAAGGUGCUGUGUGCCAUCAUCGCAGGUGCCUUACACUAUCUCUACCUGGCCUCCUUCACCUGGAUGCUGCUGGAGGGUCUGCACCUCUUCCUCACUGCACGCAACCUGGCAGUGGUCAACUACUCCAGUGUCAACAAGCUCAUAAAGUGGCUUAUGUUCCCAGUGGGCUAUGGAGUCCCGGCUGUGAUCGUGGCCAUUUCUGCAGCCUCCAGGCCUCAUCUUUAUGGAACACGUGAUCGAUGCUGGCUUCACCUGGACCAGAAAUUCAUCUGGGCUUUCCUUGGACCUGUCUGUGCCAUUAUCUGUGUGAAUUUUGUAUUUUUUCUCAUGGUUUUUUGGAUUUUGAAAAGAAAACUUUCCUCUCUCAACAGUGAAGUGUCUACCAUCCGGAACAUAAAGAUGCUGACACUCAAAGCCGCAGCUCAGCUCUUCAUCUUGGGAUGCACGUGGUUUCUGGGACUCCUGCAGGUGGGACCGGCUGCCCGCGUCAUGGCCUACCUCUUCACCAUCAUCAACAGCCUGCAGGGCGUCUUCAUCUUCCUGGUGUACUGCCUCCUCAGCCAGCAGGUCCAAAAGUGGUUUGGCGAGAUCAUCAAAUCUAAAUCUGAGUCGGAGGCUUACACACUUUCCAGCAGGUUUGGUCCUGACUCAAAACCCAGUGAGGUCAAGUGAAAAGAAAAUACUAAAACUAGAACAUUCAGCUCUACGUGUCAUGUAUGUGGAUCUGGUUGGCAUCAUGAAGAAUGAAGGUGCAAACAAGGAGAAUCAUUAUACAUGUCAUUCCUGGAGGGGAAACGUUUAACCUUUACUUCCUGAAGUGUUUGUUCUGCAUAAUGGGAUCUCAAUAAAUGUGCAUUCAAUUGGA